AUGUAUAAAUCCUGGAUGCUUAUCAAGGCAGGGAAUCACUUAUAUAAUCGGCCUGGCGGAUCUUGCCCUAGCUCAAUCAUCUAUUGUUUACGGAACCCCUGUCGGCUUUGCGCAGGUGUAACUGGCGGUGGUAGUGCAACUCCUGUCUAUCCUUCAACAAUUGAAGAGUUGAUUGCUUACCUCACGGACCCAUCACCACAGAAUAUUGUUAUUGAACGUACUUUUGACUUUGUCGGAUCGGAAGGCACCAAAACUUAUUCGGCUUGCAACGCAUAUGCGUGCUCACCAUCCGAGGGAGGACAAGCUUUGCUCAACACUCUUGGCGGGUGUGGGAGCUUAGCUACCUAUGAGGUGACCCUCGAUGCAGCUGGUGUCGAGGGUGUCAAUGUGGCAUCAGACAAGACUUUGGUCGGCCUCGGUGCUAAUACAGUGCUUAACGGAAAGGGUCUCCGAUUUGUUGGUGUCUCCAAUAUCAUUAUCCAGAACAUUGAAAUUACCAAUUUGAACCCACAAUAUGUUUGGGGAGGUGAUGCAUUUGUCUUCUCGGAUACUGAUCUCAUCUGGAUUGAUCAUGUGACAACUUCCUCGCUCGGCCGCCAACAUUACAGCUUUGGACAGAGCUCAGACAAUGGAGUUACCAUCUCUAAUAGCUUUAUCAAUGGUGUGACUGAGCAUUCCGCUACAUGUGACGGGCAUACGUACUGGGGCCCCGAGCUGGUUGGGUCGAGUGACCAGAUCACUUUCUACAAAAAUUAUGUCUACUAUACCUCCGGUCGCAGCCGCGCUCUAAGCGGCAACACCCUUUUCCAUGCCGUUAAUAGUGUCUGGGCCGAUAAUAGUGGGCACGCGAUUGAAGGCACCUCAAAUGGCAUGGGACUAUUUGAAGGCUGUGUAUUUGAAAACGUCCCAGUUGUUGUCGCGAGCGACUUCGUUGGCCAACUGUUCAGCUCAGAGGCAGCCUAUAUCGGCCAGUGCCAGACUUACCUCGGUAGAUCCUGCAUCACCAACAUCUACUCGAACUCUGGUGCUUUCAAUUAUGAUCAAUAUGGGUUCUUUGUGGACUUCUCCGGUCGAACCAUCGCCCCUGCUCUCUCAGCCUCCUCAAUUGAGACCAGUGUGCCCGCUGGUGCCGGAAAGACUCUCCCAACUUAA